GUCCAAACACGUGCGGUGGUCGCGUCGAGUGUUCUCCAUUGCUUGUAGCACAGCUGAAGUAAGCGUUGGUUUUCAAGAGAUAUUUGAGUUGAAAUCAUGACUGGCGGAGGGAAGCGAAAGCUUUUCGUCGGUGGGCUACCGAGUGACUGCGACGAAAAAGCUCUGGGAAAUGCCUUUUCAAACUGGGAAACUGAAGAUGUCAUAGUUGUGUACGAUCGAGAGACUAGAAGAAGUAGAAACUUUGGUUAUGUGACGUUCAUGGACGAACAAGACGCUGCCGACGCUAUGAAACAAAUGGGAGGCGAAAGUGGCAAAGGAAAGGAGAUAUUCCAGCGAGCAUUGAAUAUAGAGUACGCCCAAGAUAAAGAAUCAGCCAGACAAAACAGGCGUGGAGGCGGAGGUGGAGGUGGUGGACCAAGAGGGCCACCUAGAGGACCCCCUCGGGGAGGUCCACCUGGACGAGGACCACCUGGGCGAGGACCUCCCUUCCGAGACAUGCCGCCACCAAGAGGAGGACCCCCACCACGCCGAAGCCCAAUGGGUCCAGAAAGAGAUGGGCCCUACAGUGGUGGAUAUGAUCGCUAUGAAAGACCCCCUCCAGACAGGAGAAUGCCACCUCCAGAACGCAGUGGGUACCCACCCCCAAGGGAUUACGAUCGCGGCGGUUAUGAUCGUGAAAGAGAACGACCUCCAAGCUAUGGAGGUGAAAGAGGCUAUGGUGACAGACCUCCCCCAGAAAGAAGCUACUCAUCAGUUGGGGGUGGAAGUGGAGAUCGUGGUUAUGGCCCUCCUCCUGCUAGUGACCGAUAUGAUAGUGCUGGUAGGGGUUAUGGAGGUGAGAGGAGCUCCUAUCCUGACAGAUAUGGUGGCAGUAGUGACAGAUAUCCUCCUGCAGAAAGAGGAGGCUAUGAUCGAGGAGGUUACGGUGGUAGUGCUGACAGGGGUUACGGUGGCUCAGAUCGUGGAUAUGGUGGUGGUGGCAGCAGUGGCGGUGGUGGUCCAUAUGGCGAGCGAUCUGGCUAUGGGCCUCCACCUGAAAGAAGCCMGGCUGGAGCUGGGAGACCUGGUUUUGGUUCCCCUGGAGGAAGCUACUCGUCUGGAGGAAGGAAUUGGUGAGCCGUUUCCGGAUCGAAGUCGCUGUCCCUGCUUGUGAACGCUUCGUCCGACUUGAAAAACUUUGUUGCCGAACCGAAUCGAUGUCUUUGCGUAGGCUUUCUUCCUGAGCCAAAGAAUCCUAAAGAACUGUUAAUACUAACCGAUAUUAUCUUCAAACGAUGUGUAAAAUAGCAAUUUCAUAGAGGAGAUGCUCAAUGGCGAUUAGCAUUUGUAUAUUUUAACAUAUUUUUACAGCGAAACAAAGCCGGCUUUCUGUAAAGAUUAGUUAUCUAGACAGCAUGUCUUGUUGAGAGUUCGGUUAGCUUAUUCGGCAAUAUUUUAAACAUAAUUACAAGUUUUAAGUUCCAUUAUUGUACCUUAUAAAUAGCCAGUUAAGAAUCCGUUGACUUCUACUCGUAGCUUUUAAGUUCAUUGUUUGUGMCAAUAAAGAAUCGAUUGAUUGAG